UUGACCGUCACUUCAUGUCACUAUCGUAAAGCUACUGGGGUUGGUUUUUAAAUAUCUUGAUUUUCAAAUAAAAUUUAACGAAAGUGAUCCUUUAUCGGAUCACUUAAUAAAUCUGGGCUUCAUAGAAACGAUAUUAGAAAAAAUGAGUAAGCUAAUUCCCUCCGCUACAAAGCUUAUAACUGGCUCUACGGUUACGAAAACAGCCGCCCCAGCUUUUGUUGCUUCAAAACAAAAUUAUAGUACGAAAUCUGAAUCUACAUUCGAAAUCAAGCCUUAUAAACUCCAUAAAUUGGAUAAAGGCCCAGCAACAUCAGCCACCCUCACAGCUGAAGAUGCACUUAAAUUGUAUGAGAAAUUGGCCGUCCUCCGCCGGAUUGAAACCGCUUCCGGAAAUCUUUACAAGGAAAAAAUUAUUCGUGGAUUCUGUCACUUGUAUUCAGGGCAAGAAGCGGUGGCAGUAGGUAUGCGAGCGGCAAUGCGGGAAGUGGACACAGUGAUAACGGCUUAUCGUUGUCACGGCUGGACUCACUUGAUGGGUGUGAGUGUGCUCGGGGUGUUGUCCGAACUCACCGGACGGAGAACUGGCUGCUCCAGGGGCAAAGGUGGCUCUAUGCAUUUGUAUGGGAAGAACUUCUUUGGUGGAAACGGAAUUGUUGGUGCACAGGUGCCGCUCGGCGCCGGGUUGGCGUUCGCGCACAAGUACCGCGGCGACGGCGGCGUCGCGUUCGCCAUGUACGGCGACGGCGCGGCCAAUCAGGGCCAGCUGUUCGAGGCGUACAACAUGGCGAAGCUGUGGGACUUGCCUUGCGUGUUCGUGUGCGAGAACAACGGCUACGGUAUGGGUACAAGUGUAGACCGUUCCUCCGCAAGCACGGAAUACUAUUCCCGCGGAGACUACAUCCCGGGCAUUUGGGUGGACGGGAUGGACGUUAUCGCCACAAGGGAAGCUACUAGAUACGCGAUCGACUAUUGUACAAGUGGGAAAGGUCCGUUGGUAAUGGAGAUGGAGACGUACCGCUACUCCGGCCACUCGAUGUCGGACCCGGGCACGUCGUACCGCACGCGCGACGAGGUGCAGGAGGUGCGCCAGACGCGGGACCCCAUCACGUCCUUCAAGGAGAAGAUCGUGGCCAGCGAGCUGGUCACUCCCGAUCAGCUUAAGGAAAUCGACGCCAAAGUACGUAAAGAGGUAGACGACGCGACGAAACAGGCCAAAGCCGAGGCGGAAGUUGGCAAUGAGGAGCUUGCCGGCGAUAUUUACUACAAUAACUUGGAGACCGUCGUCAGAGGUAUCCACCCAGGCGCUCCGUUACAGCACGUCGACGUCGUACCACGGAAUUAGGUCCUAUAACUUGGGGCGCAGGUAAACUCGAUAACAACUCGCAUGAAACUCGACAGGAACUCGAUAGGAACACAAUAGUGAAAAUGCUUAUUGCGGAGCGAGCGUUUAAGGCCUAGUGUGGUAAAUGAUAUUUUAAAUUUCUAAUGUUAUUAUUUUCGUCUUUCACAUCAGUAAAGUUAGUGAGGGACGUUUGAUAUAAAGAUAUUUAAAUUGAACAACAUGAUAUUAAUUUCUGUUUUUGAAGGUCGUUUAAAGAAUUGAUAAAUUCUAUGUGAUUUUUCUCCACUGUGAAAUUUGUUAAUAUAAUCUUAGCGUAAAUACAUCAAUUUGACAUAUGUACGGAAGGGGCGUAACGAUAAAGAAAUUCUUAUUUUAAAAAUAAGAACAAUAUAUCGAUGUUUAAGUGCAGGACUCUUAUUGGUUGUUCCAUCUCCGCUCCGUUCUUAUAUAUACCAGCUACGUACGGCAUACGUACUUUCCUGUUAGAUUUAUGACAUAAUAUGUCCAAUAAAUAUGAAAUCUUCGUUUCUUAUACAUCGAAUAAUUGAGUGUUUAAACACAUUUGAUGUGUUCAAAAUUGUAUUAAUUGGAGUUGAAAAUGGAACUUUUAUUUCUUUUCAUAUUUCUUAUACUUGAUAUUAUUGUAAUAGACACAAUACGUUUUUUUUUUAUUAUUAAAAUGUGGCCAUUUAUAUUUUAAUGUCUAAAAAUCUGACAAUUAUAAGCGUAUUUUUCUGUUUUUUUUUUUGUUAUAUGAGAGAGUUCUAUAUCGCACCGGUGGCGCAUAUCGGAGCAUAGUAACUCCAUUGGCGGGAAACCCUGUGUUUCACAUUUCAUUGGUUCAUUGGUUUUAAAAUCAAGCAAAAAAACAAAUAGAAUUUCUUGUUACUUUUAGUUAGAGGGCCACAU